UCCCGGGUGUGGGCAGCGCUUCCGGUCUCGCUGCUUUAGUCACUUAGGAAGCGUGACCAGUGUGGGUCGUGCUUAGUAUAAGUCGUCAUACCAAUUCUUAUCCCUUACCGUUUGUUCUUGAGUACUGCGACAUGGCCGAGCCCAAAGAGAGGAGCUUGGACGAUUUCUUCGCAAAGAGGGAUAAGAAAAAGAAGAAAGACAAGAGCAGCGCCUCCGGAAGCCGGGCAGCAGCAACAGCUACAGCUAGGCCACCAGACAGCAGCUCAGCGUCAGUAUCCGGGGCAGGGAAAGGUGUCAAGAAGGAGAAGUCUGCGAAGAAUGAUUCACAGGACACGCAACAAGAGCGGGAUGAUGAUGAAUGGAAAGAUUUUGAGCAGAAAGAAAUUGACUACACAGGUCUUCGAAUUCAGUCAUUACAAAUGAGCAACGAGAAGGAUGACGAGGAAAAUGAGAAGAAGGAAGAACAGGGUGGUGAAUGGGAUGAGGAUGGGGGUAAUUUUCAAGACAAGACAUCGGGUCCUUGGAAUAAAACUGCCUCUGCUCCUGCACCUGUAAGCCUUGUAACUGAACCUCCAGAGCCUGUGCAGUCCGGUGUGUAUAGGCCACCUGGAGCCAGAGCCUCGGCUGCAACGCGAAAACCUGUUGGUCCACCAGAAAUUUAUAGCGAUACGCAGUUCCCCUCUCUGCAAUCCACUGCCAAACAUAUAGAAUCUAAAAGGGACAAAGAAAUGGAGAAGACUUUUGAAAUUGUAAAGCAUAAAAAUCGUGCAAGAGAAGAAGGAGCAGCAGCAGCAAAGAACCAAGCACUUCGACUUCAGCUAGACAACCAGUAUGCUGUUUUAGAGAACAAUAAAACUUGACACAAAAUAUGGAAUGCUCUUUUUUGAUAACCCGCCCAACUAGGUAAACAAACUACAGCUAUUGGCUAUGAACACAAUCAUCUGAACCAUGUGGAUCUUCUGCAAUGCACUCUGGAUGGUGCAAAUGAUUGGUUCCUCCAGAAUUAAGGAAGCUCAAAAUUCAUCAGUGCUUUCCUUUUUUUUUUUUUCUUUUUUUUUUUGCCCUUCGUUAUAGGAAUGGGUUUCUGCAAAGCCCUGAAAAUGGAAUAAAAAUGUCUUCUUAAUAUUACCCUUUUACUGAGAACAGAAAAAGCAGCAUUCAUUGGUUAUUUUUAAAAUCUUUUUGUGCUGAGCCUUGUCCAGGGUUGACUACCUCAGAUUUGCUAUAAUAACGGACAUCACAUGGAUUGUAAGCUCUUUGGAAAAGCAGAAGUUGGAUCUGUUUCAAGUAGCUGUGAUUUUGGUACUUGGAGCGAGUGGGGUAUAAAAGCCAAUUUUAUUUACCAGGCACACCUACUGAAACAACUAACACUUCAGCUUUUUGUGUGUGUCUGUUUUCAGUGUCAAUGAGUUAAGUGACCUUAAUGGGAUUAUUAGUCUAGGCAGUCUCACUUUUUUUUUUUUUUUUCUUUAGGUAAAUUAUUUUCUGGUCUUCAUUAACUAAUAUAGAACAUUUGCUGGUAAUACAAAUAGUGCAAAGCUGUAGUUUGUUACCUUUUUAUAGUGCAAAGAUCAGGAAAAAAACAGGGAAGUUGAAAAAUGAAGCUACAGAUUAACUGUAACUGGUGAUUUAUCGGUUUCCCAUGUGUAGCCAUAACUAUUUGCAUUUGAAGCUCCUUGGUCCUAUUACAAAACCAUGGAUGUUUAUAAACCUUUUUCCUUUCCUUUUUUUUCUCUUAUGUUAUCAUAACCACAGACACAUUACAAGUUGGGUCAUCGCAUAAAUACUUUUUAGUUCCUCAUAUUUGUUGGGCUGACAAACUUUUGUUUAACAUUUUAUUGAACAAGCAUGAACGUUUGACAUCUGCACUAUCCAAGUAGACUUAAAGCAUUUUCACUGAUCACACACAUUUUUCUAAUAUUGGAAUUGUGCAGACUCUAUCCAUAGUUUAACAAAGAGAGAUCACUAGGAUCCACUAAAAUAGUUACAAUAUAUUACUUUGUCCUUUGGUAAAACUGUUAACCUUAAUUCAGUAUAUGAUAUUCUGAGGGUGUCUCACCCAACUCCCUUCUACACUUUCAUAUUCUGAGGGUAGACUUAAUUAUACAGCCCAACCUUGGAAGUAUAAAUUUACACACAACUCUAUUACAAAAAAACUGAAGCACUUUGCCAUUUGCAAAUGGCUUCUCUAAAGGAAUUUUCAGGCAACUUUAAUACCUUGCUCUCUGCAUCCUGGAAAUAACUAUUGGUAGAUGUAACAAUUUAGAAGUUUUUUUUUCCCCUCAAAUUUAUUUUUCACAGUUUUAAAUACCCCUAUAUUGCACUUUUGUAUUGGAUUAUUUUGAUUAACUCGGUUGUCCCUGUUCUAUAUGCCGGUUCUGUCUUUUUGCAACUAGAUGCUAUACAGUGUAUUGAACAGUCGUCAUUCUAGCUACCAACAUGCACAGGUCUUUAAUAGCAGGUAUGUGAUUUAGAAAUGGAAGUUGAGUAGAGGUAAUUUAUCUGGAAUGUGAGUUAGAGUAGAUAUUUCAUUUUUUUUGCUACAUACUUUAAGCACAUGAAGACCAGUAAGUUUGUGGGUGUUUUGUUUUUUUUAGUCCAAUGCUUGUUGCAUUUUUAGAGAGGUUAAAACAUGUGAAUCAUGGUUUUAUUACAUGCUAUGGGUGAGCAGUCUCUCAGGCAUGGAUUGGACAAAAAAUGCGUGUGACAUUAAUAAAUUGAAUAAAAUCCAAAUCUAUACAAAUAAAACACUUUUACUUAAAUUAAAAA